AAGUAGCUAAAGCCUUGGUGAGUGCGUACACUACCGGAUAUUAUAGUUAAGAACACAAUUUUGUGUAAUGGUGUGCGUUAUUCAGAGGCAAACAUAACGUGUUGUACCUCCAUGAUACUACGUCACAUUCAAGGAUACUAACACAAGUUUGGUGACACAAUGGCCGAAUAUACAGCAGUAUCAUUAGAAGACAGUGAUAAUCUGAAGCCAUCAACUAUUCUGCAUUUAGCGGCCAAGAAUGGACAGCUAGAAACACUUGAUAGUCGCUUAAAUAAUGGUGCUAAUUGCAAUAUAAAAGACAACACUGGACAAUCUGCAUUACAUUAUGCUGCCUUGAAUGGUCAUUAUAACUGCUGUGAGCGUCUUCUUCAAUGCCCUAGUUUGAAAGUGAAUGCUGUAAAUAUUAAAGGAAUGAGCCCCUUGCAUCUUGCUGCUCUAAAAGAUCAUUAUGAAAUAAUUAAACUUUUGAAGAAACAUGAUGCACAAGUUAACCUGAAAGACAAACAAGAUCAUUUACCACUUCAUUUUGCAGCCAUGAAGGGUUUUCAUGAGUCUUGUGAAGCUCUUUUAUCUGUCAGUGAUGAUGGAUGUAAUGCACGAGAUAGCAGUGGACAUUCUCCAUUACACUAUGCUGUCUCUGCUGGCAGUGAUGAAUGCUGUCGACAGUUUCUGCAGUGUUCUAAUGUGAAUGUGAAUAUUAAAAGUAAUUCAGAUGACACUCCCCUUCACUACGCAGCAAAAGCGGGACAUCAAAAUAUAUGCAAUAUGCUGAUUAAAGCUGAAAAUAUUAAAGUGAAUGCUAAAAAUAUACAUGAAAUGACUCCCUUGCAUCUUGCUGCUCAGGAAAAUCAUGAUGCAGUAAUAAAGCUUUUGGUGGAAAAUGGUGCACAAGUUAACUUGAAGGACAAAAAGAGUCAAAUACCACUUCAUCUUGCAGCCAAGAAAGGAUUUCUUAAGUCUUGUGAAGCUCUUUUGACUGAUGUCAGUGAUGCCGGACACAAGGCACAAGAUUUGAGUGGAAAUUCUCCAUUACACUACGUUGCCACUGGUGGCCAUGGUGACUGCUGUCAACGUCUUCUCCAGUGUCUUGAUGUGGAUGUGAAUAUAAAAAAUAAUUCAGAUGUCACCCCCCUUCACUAUGCAGCAAAGAUGGGACAUCAAAACAUAUGCAUAAUAUUGCUUCAAAAUCAAAAUAUUGACGUAAAUGCUAUAAAUGAAGAAGAAAUGAGUGCCCUGCAUCUUGCUGCUGAGGAAGGUUAUGAUGAAAUAAUAAAUCUCUUGGUGCAAAAUUCAGCGGACGUUAACCUACAAGACAAAAAGUCUCAUAUACCAUUACAUUAUGCAGCCAAGAAAGGUUAUAUAGAUUCUUGUCGUGCUCUGUUGUCUCAUGAUAGGAACAAACAGUUAAACGCUACACUAGAACACGGAAAAACUCCUCUCAUGCUAGCUGUUAUAGAGGGUCAAUACAGCUGCUGUGCUGAAUUGAAAAAUGCGGAUAUAAAUAUAAAAGACCAUAAGGAAAACACUGCUUUGCAUUAUGCUGUUACUAGAGGGUUUAAAAAAACUGUCGAGCAGCUUCUAAGAAUGGGGGCACAUCCAAAUAUAGAGAAUAAAAAAGGAACGACCCCAGUUCUUGCAGCAGCUGGUAAAGCAUUGUCUGAUUGCUUAGUUUGUCUUGUAAAUUCUAGUGUUGUAGCUCAAGAAGAAAGAGCUGAUCUAAAUGUUGUGGAUAAGAGUAAUAAAAAUAUUCUUCACUAUGCAGCUGAAAGAAAUGCGAAGGACUGCCUUAAAUUUUUGUUUUCUCUACCUAAUUUUAAAACAGAUCUUGAUGGUGAAGAUGAAGAUGGUAAUACUCCACUUCACAUUGCUAUAACACGAGGGUCUGUGGAAUGUGCCCAUAUAUUACUUAAAAAUGGCGCAUCACCAGUGAAACAGGACCUGGGAGGAAUGACACCUCUUCACCUGGCUGCUGACAAAGGUUAUACAAGUAUAUGUGAGAUACUCCUUAUAAAUGAUGAUGUACAAGUUAGUCAGGGAAAUUCUAAAAAGGAAACACCACUUCACCUUGCCGCUCGUUGUGGAUCACUAGAGCUGUGUCAAAACCUUCUACAAAAUGGAGCCCUUUUAUCAGCAACUGAUAAAAAUGGUCAAACAGCACUCCACUUUGCAGCAAUUAAAGGAAAUGCCAAUGUAGUUAAAUUUCUAACUGAAAAAGGCAUGCCUAGAUGGAUUAAAGAUAAUUCUGGUUCCACUGCUAUGCACCUUGCGGCAUCUGUGGGAUCACUAGAAUGUUGCCAGUUGUUAGUUGUCAGUGAUAAAAAUAGUUUUUUUAUUGCAGACAAGAAUGGAAGAUUGCCUUUAGACAGAGCUUUUGAACAUAAGCAUGACGAUGUAUUUAAAUUUCUUCUUCUACGGCUGCCUUACAGAAAUAUCCAAGAAAGAAAAACUCGUAUACUUGACUACACUUAUGAAGGACUGAAGACCAACAGACCAGCUGUUGUUGAAGCCAUUAUUGAAAGCUCGUGGUGGCUCUCUGGAUUUACUGGACUAAAUGGGCACAAGUGUGAGAAUUUUAAAGAACUUGUGAAGCGCCAUCCAGACCUCGCACUGAAGCUGCAAGAUAAGUGCAUCAAACACUCACACUCUGAAGUGACAUAUUACUUUAGAUUUCUUGAAGACAACUACUACAUUCCACCAGUCUCAGGCAAAAUAGCCCAGAGUCCCUUUGAUAAAGAAAGUGGGAAGUUGAGUGAAGAUGCGGUACAGUUUAUCCAAGAUCGACUUGAAUGGAAAAAAGUGUCAUCCUGUGAAUCUAAUGGUGGAACAACAACCUUCUUCAGCUGCUCCAACACUCUUUAACAAAAGCAUGGCUCCGGUACAAAUGGAAAUCAUUCGUAUCUGUCAUCUUCCUUUUCCUGCUCGUACUGGAGUUAUUUUUUGUUAUCUCUCUGACUGUCUUCAUGGAAAGUACUAGGUAAGUAAUAUCAUAUGUAUGAUUCAUUUUAUCUUAUAUUUUGUGUUAGUUCCUCGUAGUGCUGUGGUUACCUCGUUUUCAGCUCAUAUACGAUGUAAGAUACUUGGAAAGUCUCCUAACACUUGCUGCCCCUGUUACCUAGCAGUUAAUAGAUACUUGAUCAUAAGACAACUGGGCAUAAGAGGGACAAAAUACCGACAUAUUGCAAAACCAAGACCCAGAGGAAAUUUUUUUUAUUUUUUAUUUAAAAAACCAGUAUACAUACAAUUUACAUACAAUAAGAACAUACAUCAGCGAUUAACAAUCAGGUUAUAUAAAGGAAAAACACAAUCAAAACUUUCACAUCAAAAGAGUAUUAGACCAAUACCCUGAACUAACCUUCACCACUCACCGCUUAUAUACAACUCAAAAACCCCAAAAUUAAAACUGAUCAAAACACUGCAAUGUCCAAAACUAGUUAUCCAGUACGUUACUGGAAAUGCAAAUAAUAACAUAAGUGAUAAUAUAAAUGAUAAACAAAUAUAUGGAAAACCCUGAAAAAAAAGAAUACAAAUAAUUUACCUACAACUGUAUCAUAAUCAUCGUAUAACAAUCAGUUGUAUGUAUAUUUUUUUUCCUUUUUUUUAUAUAUAUUUUAUGUAAAAACUUCAUGUGACAAAAGAAAAGGUACAGAAAAUCAUAAUUAAUGAGUAACACAAAAGUUUUCAGUUUACAGUCCAAGAGGUAGGUACAUAUUUAUGACAUGGAAUCAAGUGUAAUUAUUAUUAUAAUCAAGAGGAAGCGCUAAACCAAAAGGGAAUCAGUUGUAAGUUCCUAACUACCAUGUACAAUCAGUAUUAACACCCAUAUGCUUAUGGGCCAUAAGGUUGAAUGUGGGAUUACUUCGACUUACCCCCCCUGUCGAAAUACUGUUCCCCUUCACACCAUACACAUGUUACCUAUCAUCAAAUCCAUUGAAAACUUUAAAUAGGAGUCUAGAGAUAACUACUUAACACGAUAAAAUCGUAAGUAGUUGAAACAUUUUGUCAUCCUUCAGAAAAUUAACGACAAACCCCAUGGGGUGGUCGUUUCACAAAAAGGAGACCCAAAAACAAUAUUUCUCUUGCACACCAAUUAGGAUGCUUAAAAUUAACCCCUAAAAAGACAAAUAAAACACUAUACUAAUGAUGCUGACAUCAGCACGACGAUUGUGUGCUACAUGUCAUGAACAAUACCUACGAUAACACUUGGGAAAGAUCCACAUAGACUUCGCUACGUCACCAAAAAAAACAUUAGCAAAAAAAUACAAACUCGGCCAUAGACGGGAACUGGUCCAGUUUCACAAAUGGA